AUGCAACAAAUUCUCAGACCACUUCAAUUAACUAGAGGCUUUACCUCUGCUGUGAAAAACUUUAGGCAAUGGAGAUUGAUUGAGACAAGAAAGGUUACCAAACAGCCAGAUUACAAAGUUGGCGAUAUAAAGCCCCUACAUAUGCCAAAAGAGAGGAAAGAAUUUCCUGACUAUAAGUAUGGGGAAUCUAACAUCUUUAAACAGAGCAACAAAGGUCUAUACGGUGGAUCUUUUGUUCAGUUUGGUAACAAUAUUUCCGAAAGUAAAGCUAAAACGAGGAAGAAGUGGUUGCCAAAUGUUAUAAAAAAAGGUUUAUGGAGUGAAACUCUGAACAGGAAAAUCAGUAUUAAAAUGACUGCCAAAGUUCUAAAAACUAUCAGUAGAGAAGGUGGGAUUGACAAUUACCUAACAAAGGAGAAAGCUGCAAGAAUAAAAGAAUUAGGGCCAACAGGAUGGAAGCUUCGUUAUAGGGUUUUAAAGAGAAAAGAUGCAAUAGAGAAUUAUCCACAUAAGGAUGCCCCUAUUAUAGAAAUGGCUGAUGGUAAAAAGGCCAAAAUUUACUACAACGAAGUGAUAAACGGCUCACCAAGAAAGAUAUCAGUUGGAAGAAGAAAAUUGAUGGCCUUUUUAUAUCCUUUAGAGAAAUUGGAAUACAGGUCAAUAGGGAAAGACUUGGACCACAAAAAAUUUGUCGAAUUAUUCGCUGAUGUUCCAGUCAAGGAUAUCGUAGCCAGAUUGGAAGAUCAUGAAUUUGAUUUAUCCACCAUUACCAUAUAA